AUGCAGAUUGAUCAAGUUUAUGGGUUCCUUGGAUAACCUUUCCCAGCUGAGUCCGCACAAGAAGGUGGAACAGGUUUAUAUUGCUUUUGGAAAAUCUUUUGCCAAGUCUGCAGUGGGCUCAAAGGAUGUCCUGAAGACUAUGAGGAAUAUGGAUUACCUAUAUAUAAACAUCUUAGCUGGUCUGCCUAUUGAGAAACUUCCUACUCUGCCAGAAACAAGAUUCCCGAUUGAUUUAUGGUUGACACACGUGAAUGAUUCACAUGAAGAGUGGAUUAAGGCUGUUGGAGACAAGUUUAAACUUCUCACAACGCAAGUUUGGAGCAUCAGAUUUCCAAGAAGCAGUUUAACUGAAAGAGGCUGUGUUUGUUUGAUCGGAGCACUUAAAGACAUGAAUAUUGGUAAGGAUGGAGUGUGGGUCAGCUCUCCACACAUAACAGCAGAAAGUGCUGACAAACUCAAGCAAAUAUUUUUGAAACUGAUGAAAAUACCUUUCAAAAGGGUUGAUGAUGUAAGUAUAUGGUCUUUUUAGUUUCUUGAUAUAUUGAUGGAAAAAUUAUAAUUUUUAUUAUAAUUUAAUACAGGAAUUGCCAUGCUUUUGAUAUUCAUAUUGAAUAUAUAGAAAAAAAUCAUUUUUACUAAUAUUUUUAAAAACAGCUGUAAAAUAUAGGUAUUGCCAAAAUAAUUAGGAAAUAAGUCAAUUCUGCUGUAUAGUAGAAAAUAAGCAAAAGCAUAUCAAGGAUAUCUUUUGUUAGAUGUGAUAAUAGAAUUUUAUUAUUCCUUGUUUCUGCAAGGCAAACAUUAUAAUUUACUCAAACUUUUUUUUAUACAUAUUGUUUAGAGAUGCAUUUUUAUAUAUCAAUCACUUGUUGAAUAAAGCACUUAAAAAUAGAAUAUAUUUGUACUAUAUACUCAAUGAAAGGAACUUAUUAGAUGCAGCAUGUGUUUCUGCUUCAGUUUGCUAGAAGAGAGUCUCUCCAUUUAAUCAAUGUAUAGAAAGUUCCUCUAACUAAUAAUUUUUAUUAAAAAUUACAUAUGAUUUAAUUUG